GUUUCCAAAGUGAUGUUCAUGUGUACAAAUCCUUCCUAUACCUUUUGAACAUGUAUAGGAAGAAGCGCAAGGCAAUCAAUGAGGUGUACCAUGAGGUUGCUGUACUUUUCAAUGACCAUCCAGAUUUGCUUGAUGAGUUCUCUAGAUUCUUGCCAAGAACUUCAAGAACCACUGAAGAUAGAGACAGAAGAACUCAUAAUGAGGAUUAUAAAGAACCUGAUAAUGAGAAUAAAGAAGACCUAAGCAAGCAGCAUCAGACUGAUAAAAUGAAAUAUCUCCCGGAGGUUGAAGAUGUCCUGAAAUGUGAGUUCAUGGUUAGCAUUGUCUGGAUCUGUAUCUGAUGUGCUGAAUUAGAAUCUUCCACCGUUAGCUCUAUGGUUUGGUGAUGACACUGAUUGAAAAGGAA